GCCUAAAGAACGACAGCUGAUUCGUUGUAAACAAGGACAGUGUUUACAUUCUACCACAUGCACCGCCUGCUGUCUUGCUCUGUCACAACAUCGUUUUGAUCGAGGAGAAGAGGAAAUAUGGAGGACCCAUACGUAUUUGGGGACAUAGGCAGCUGGGCGGAGCGGACGGAGGUCCACAAGGCCGCCUCUCAGGGCCUCGUGGACCAGCUGAGGCAGCUGAUCGCGGACGGCGCUCCGGUCAACAUCGUGGCGGUGGACUCCAUCACCCCGCUCCACGAGGCCUGCGUGCGGGGCCAGAGCCAGUGCGUCCGGCUGCUGCUGGACGCUGGAGCCCAGGUGGACGCCCGCAACGUGGACGGCAGCACCCCGCUGUGCGAGGCCUGCUCGGCGGGCAGCCUGGAGUGCGUGAGGCUCCUGCUGGACCACGGGGCCACGGUCAACCCCGCCCUCACCUCACGCACCGCCUCCCCCCUCCACGAGGCCUGCAUGGGAGGGCACGUGGAGUGUGUGUGGCUGCUGCUGUCCCUGGGGGCCAGCCUGGAGGCCUCAGACCUGUACCACGGCACGCCGCUGCACGUGGCCUGUGCCAACCAGCGCACCGCGUGCGUCAGGAUGCUCCUGAACGCCGGAGCCAACGUGAACGCGUCCCGGCUCCACGAGACCCCUCUCCACUACGCCGCCAAGGCCCGGCGGGCGGAGACGGUGGAGCUGCUGGUGGAGUUCGGCGCCAACAUCUACGCCCGCGACCAGCGGGAGAGGCGGCCCGUGGACUACACCACCCCCGACUCCCCCGCUGCCGCCUGCCUCCGCGCCUACGAGAGGGCUCCUCUCGCUCUGCAGCAGCUGAGCCGAGUGGCCGUGAGGAACAAGCUGGGAACACGCGCGCUGGAGGUCAUAGGUCAACUGGAUAUUCCCAAGCUCCUGAUUGGCUACCUCAGCUUCCAGUGACACCUCCUGCUGCCCGGACCCGGACCUGGGGGGACCCCCAUCAGGGUGGACCCCCAUCAGGGUGGUCCUGAUCCUCAUCCUCACAGAGACUGGACUCUUGUUGACAUGUUUCAACGCACAAAACAGUGACAACAAGCAUGACAACACAACUUAAAAUUGACAUACAGUGUGUAUAUAUAUAUAUAUAUAUUAUAUAUGUAUACCGCUAGUUAUACCACACUCUUGUUGAAUACUUGAAUACUCAGGUGCCAUAUAGAUUUUUGAACACUUUUUGAACACACAUUAGUAUCUUAAUAGUUAAGACUUGCUUAGUCAAUAAGUCAAUGCUUAUUGACUUAUGCUUAUGAUGAAUCACAUGGAAGGUUUUCUUUAAUGCGAAAACCUUAAAUUAAAAAACGAAUGAAAUGUGUUCUUUAAGACAGCCGUCAAUAUCCUUUGCUGAGGUACGCUGUGACAACUAAUGGAUUUAUCAAUGUGAAAUAAUCUUAUCAGAUGAUUUGAUAUCUUUUAUAUGUUCAUGAUAUUUUCCAGCCAUGUUGUUAAUGUUCUGUAUGACUUGAUUGUAGGCUGUUCUGCCGAGGAACAGUUAGAAGUUUCAGUUUGAUUACUGACUGUUAGUUUUAAUGUGUGUGAUUCUUGGCUAAUAUUUAUUUGAUCAUGUUAGAUGAAGGGUUAGGCAUCAAAUCAGCCCCAUGUAGGCCUUACCUCAGGUUCACAUAUUUGGCAGGUUGGGAAUUUAAAAGCUGUAACGAUAUUCUAUGUUACAUUAAAAAAUAUUCGAAAAGAUAACGUUGAUGUCGUUGGCAUAAGCAACUCAACGAAAAAUUAAUAAACGUUUUUUAAUAAACGUCAUUUAAUUCAGAUUUCCUCGUUCUCAGCCAGUGGCGAAGCUAGACCUUUUUUGGGUGGGCUCAAGCCCACCCAAAACUUGCCUUAGCUCACCCUAUAAUUUCGUCCUCAAAUCUAAUAUUCUACUUUUUUGUUUACACAGGCAAUGAGAGAAUGGAUGCUGUACACUAAUGAACAGUCACAAAUGGGCUAGUGAAAUCGAGCGCAACCUUCCUGCAGGAAUCUCUAACCUCUGAUUGGUGGGUGGGUGUCUCCUGUUUGACAAAGCCAAAAAGGAAGCACGAGCACACUUAACAUAGUUUCUGCUGUUAUGUCUGUCAAAAAGGCUUGCCAGUCUUUAUCAGAAAAUCCACGAUUUCAAGCUGUGUUAUAACACGACCAGCUAAUAAUAAUAAUAAUCAUUUUAAAACCUUGACCUAAUCGGUCAGAUGACUAUUAAAUGACAGUUGACCACAAGGCGAUUCUAUCAAUGCCUCCUCUUGAAUUGCUUCAUGUUUUAGUCGGCAGGGGCUUGUAAUGCUGCGUAGCAUGAUAAGCAUGAUAAGGUGCAAGCAGUAGAUAAAGUUGACAUGGGUGCUAAUUUUCAGUUGAAAAAAAACGCCGGUAUAACUUGGGCCAUGUUCAUUGCCAUAACAACGUGAGCUAAUCAACAAGUACAACAUGUUCUAAUAGACUCAUGAAAACGCCCUCAGCUGAUAAAAGGCGUGUGUGUGUUGUCUUAUUUAUUUAUUUAUUUAUUUUAAUAAGUUCCCGGUACUCAAUUUAUUUUAAAUAAACAUAAUACCAAGGGUCAGAUGUUUUACAAUAAUUUUGAUUAUACAAAGUCAUGACAGAGUGACUUGUCUUUAUUCAUGCUUGAAAGAUGAACAUAUAUUAUUUUUUUGGAAAGGGAAUAAGCUGAUGAAGCUGACAAGUGACCAAUGUUUACUGUUUAAUUUUUUUUUUUUAAUUAAAUGCAAACCCCAGUGAAUCAUUUGCUCUUGUUUCUCUGUUUUGAGAUUCACACAGACUUAGCAGUCUUGUUUAAAUGUUACAAUUUGAGUUAAUAAACUGAACUUGGAAAUUGUUUUAAGUUGUUGCAGAUGUUAUCUCCGCUAAUUUUAUUAAUCUAAAUAAAUAAAUAUUAUCAGGUUCUCAAUAGUACGCUAUUUCAAUUGAGGGAGUGUGCGAAAAAAUAUCUGUUUCCUAGGGUGGGAAUGACUUGAGAACCACUGGUCUAGGACAUGUUGCACUUGAUUAGCUCACGUUGUUAUGGCAAUGAAAACAGCCACAGCUGGUAAAAUAAUGCCAGCGGUUUUGUUUUAACUGAAAAUUAGCACAAUUUUUUUUUGGAUCAGAACAAGAUUUUUUUGCAUCAGAAGUUUUAUAAAAAUGUAUGGGUCCCUGAAAGUGAGACAACGUAGUUUAUUGCUCCCGAAAUAGUGGUAUGUUUCUCAUAUUAUUAAUCUAGUAGGCCUACAUGUUGUACCAAUGUGUUUCAGUAACUGUGUAAAUAAAAAAAAGGGGGAAAUAUGGUCAUCUUUGAGUGAAACUUACACAAAGGAAAUUUAAUAUACCUCAAAUUUGUCAUUACAGUUCACAUCCAUUGAUUAUUCCUUCAUCCAAACAGUAUUUUUUCCUUUCAUCACUUUAGUGAUUCAGAACUGCAUUAUUUAGCUGACACUGCCAGCUUUUGGCUUAGACAUACAACAGCAUAGUAACUAAUAAAAUAAA